GUUGCCGGUGAGUCUUUCUUCUCAAACGUGGCUGGUGGCACUUGGAAAUUCUAUCGUCCGCGGAUAAAGGAUGGUCUGGCCGCGAAUUUAAUAUUUACUACAGAGGAGUGUGUUUCGAAGCAUGGCUUAUUGGUUUCAGAGAUUUCACGCGAUUUGUGACUCUCGGCAUUACGGCGUCCGCUCAGUAAUGCGAUGAGCCGAGCUGAGCUGAGCUGAGCUGAGUUGAGGAGCUUUUCAGUUGAACCUCGCGUCGAACGAUCUUUGACAAAUUAUCAGAACUUGCUUGAAGGUUUUGAAGGUUUCUUCUGCUCUUUCGUUCAGUAUUCGCGGACUUGCUCGGAUCAGUACCAUGUUCUGAGGAAUUGAAGCUCUCGCUUACUGUCUCUUCAGAAUGGCCAAUCCCAAAACUACUCUUUACGUUGGUGGGUUGGAAGAAAAUGUUACCGAAGGGAUUUUGCACGCGGCAUUUAUUCCAUUUGGUGACGUGAAAGAUGUGAGCAUGCCUCUGGAUCAAGCAACACAAAAGCAUCGAGGGUUUGGAUUUGUGACUUAUCUAGAAAAGGAAGAUGCAGCUGCCGCCAUGGAUAACAUGCACAACGCGGAACUGUAUGGGCGAGUACUUACGGUGAACUACGCUCAGCCCAUCAAGAUCAAAGGUGGUGAGCAAGGAUGGGCCUCACAACCAGUUUGGGCAGAUGCAGACACAUGGUUUGAGAGGCAGCAACAGGAAGAAGAGUUGGCAAAGCUGAAUGCAGAGCAUGAGGCCACAGUCAAGGCCGCCGAGGAAGAGGAACGCAAACUUGCAGCUGGUAAAGGCAUUGUGGAGGAAGAAGAUUCCAAAGACGAUCCAAUGGUUCAAGCCGAAGCCGCUGCUCUUGCCCAACAAUCUACAUGAUAUUUGUUGCCGAUUCAGUACUUCUUUCAGAGCCGCAGGGCAUUUCGCCAUAAAGAUAAUCCACGCCAGCAGUCAGCUCCUGCUGAGUUUCUCCUCUCGGAAGAUUGGAAGAUUACUAGAGGUCUCGGGUCCUGUUUGUUAUUACUUCUGAUCUGGUUGUACGAGGUAGAAGAGGUCCGCUAUGUUGGGAGCAAUACCUGGACUUGCAACUUGAGCUUCACGCAAAAUCCUGAUCCGGUUUAAGGGUAUCAUAGAUGGACCUUCGCACGACUGUUGAGUUGGUUGUAUCACGAGUCAGUUGCUUUGUCAAAGUAACGUUGUAACCUGCAGAGUAUCUCAUGUCGGUGAAUGCAUACCUGGCUCCCGCUUGAUACUUCGAAACGAGUCACAUGAAGGCAGACAAACUUGAAGGUCUCAUUCAUCCCUGAAGUGUUUUCGGCAGCCAGUGUCGAAAAAACUCAAGUGUGGACUAAUUUUCUGUACUGUUGUUACAUAUCAUAAGCUACAUAAAGCGUCUUCUCAGGUUUAUCAAAUUU